AAUGGAUUAGAGUUAAGGGUUUGAGAGAUCUAGAUUUAUAAAUUACAAUUCAGAUUCUUUCGAUUGUGGAAUAUGCUAACGUGUACCUCGUGAUCCUAAUGAAUGUGCUGAUUGUGGAUAAAUAUACUGUGCAUCCUGUCUUGAUUAAUAAUAACCUUUGUAAAAAAAUUCUUAUGUUUUGUUAGAAAAUGUGUUUGUGGUAAAAUAAACUUAAUUUAAAAAAUACAAGGGGCUUUAAAAAAAAUAUAUGAUGAAUUAGAAUUGAAAUGUAAUUAGCACAUUCAUUUUUUUAAGGUUAAUUUUGUCAAAAUGGGAUAAAAUUAAAUUAAAUCCAAUCACAUGAAGCAGGGUGUGAUAAAAAAUGUAUAAAUUAUGAAUUUUGUGGACACCUUGUACCAAAAGAAAAUAAUGAUAAAGUAAUUUAUUAUAAUCAUCAAGAUUUGUGAUACUUUAUGUAAAUUUUUGCAUCUCAUUAAUAAAGCAAAUAAAAAAUAAGAGAUCUAUUAAUAUUUAAGAGAUUUACCUAUAUAAAAUAUUGUAAUACAGGAGAAAAAUAUAAAGAGUAUUGAUUCCCCCUUGAAUUAAAUUGGUUCUAUAAUAUGGGAUAAGAAAAGAAUGGGUGUUGGAAUUAAUCUUUCAGAUAGUGAUCAGAAAGCAUUUCUGGAUGAUUAAGCUCACACAUUUAAAACUGUCAUUGCUAAAUAUGGUUUUGAGUAAGGAAUUGUAUAUUGGGAAAUAAAAGUAGAUAAGAGAACUGAAAAUGAAUUAAAAAUUGGUGUUACAAAUAAAAGAGAUUUUAAUUAUGAUUAAGCAUUUUGUGAUUUUGAAUAUGGUUGGGCUUAUUAUGGAUUAGCAUAAGUAAAUAUUGAAUAUUUAACAAUAGUUACGUCAUAAUAGCAAUGCAAAUGGUCCUACAUAUGGUAAAAAAUUUAAGAAUGAUGGAGAGAUAGGAGUUUGUCUCAAUAUGAAUUAAGGAACAUUGAUGUUCAGUUUAAAUGGAGAAUUUUUGGGUUGUGCUUUUAAAGAUGAAAAAUUAAAAGUUGGACCUAUAUAUCCAGCAGUGGCAUUACUUAAUUAUGCUGGUUGUAAAAUAACAAGUGGUAAACCUGUUCCAUAGAUAUUCUAAUAAUGAUC